AUGGUCAAGGUCCACGAAAUCAAAAGCACGUCGACUUUUGCCUGGAGCAGCGACAAAAAGCCAUUGUUGGUCACUGGGACCGUUGCGGGCGCGGUUGAUGCCAACUUCUCCUCCGCCUCCACCCUCGAGAUCACGGACGUUCUCACCAAAACCACGCUCUUCUCCACCUCAAUUGAUGCCAAACUCCACGCCUUGGACUGGUCCGCGCCGUUUGAGUCCUACACUCGUGGGCUUAUCGCCGGUGCCUUCGAGAACGGCAUCGUCCACUUGUGGGACGCCGCGGAACUCCUUUCGUCGCAGGACCUCGCCAAGGCAAUUGUUUCCAAGUCCGAACACCACACAGGCCCCGUUAGAGCCUUGCAAUUCAAUCCCCUCCAGCCGUACGUGCUUGCCACCACGGGCUCCCGCGGCGAGAUCUUUGUCUGGGACACCAAGAAACUUUCCGCGCCAUUCCGCCCGGGCCAGGCAAUGUCGCCCAUGGAGGAUGUCACGUGCGUUGCCUGGAACAACUCGGUGCCGCAUAUCUUUGCGACAGCCGGUAGCUCUGGCUUCGCGUCCAUCUGGGAUCUCAAGGCAAAGCGUGAGGUUCUCCACUUGAGUUAUUCGGGUGCGUCUGGGCGUGCGAACCUCGCAACCGUCGCGUGGCACCCGACCCAGUCGACCAAGCUCGUUACCGCCAGCGACAACGACGGCACACCGCUCAUCCUCACGUGGGACCUCCGCAAUGCCAACGCGCCGGAGAAGAUCAUGGAGGGCCACACCAAGGGCGUGUUGUCGCUCGACUGGUGCAAGCAGGAUCCUGAGUUAUUGUUGAGCUCAGGUAAGGACAACUGCACCAGCUUGUGGAACCCGAUCGCCGGGACCAAGCUCGGAGAAUACCCAACUACCGCCAACUGGGCAUUCAAGACGCGCUUCGCUCCAGCCGCGCCCGAUUUAUUCGCCACGGCCUCCUUUGACGGCACCAUCUCUGUCCAGACCUUGCAGGACACCCUGGAGCCUGUCUCGACCAGGGUCAAGUCCACCAACGAGGACGACUUCUGGAGCCAGAUCUCUACUACCGACACCCAGCAGCCGCAGUUUGCCGUCAAGCAGGCGCCGCGCUGGUUGAAAAACUCGGUCGCCGUCAGCUUUGGUUUCGGCGGUAAGCUCGUGAUUGUGAAGAACAACAUGGACGAUAAGACGGCCAAGAUCGUGUUGGCCAAGAUUCCGUCGUCCGACGAAGUCAGGAGUGCGACGGAAAAGCUCAGCAGCGCGUUGACGUCCGGUGACUUUCAGGAGAUUAUUACCGCGCGCGUCGCUACGGGGUCCGGUGACUGGAAGCUCUUGCAGGAGGUUGCCUCCGGCGACAAACUCCAGUUAUUGAACAAGGAGCUCAAGGGAGCCCAGACGUUGGACGAGGAGGACGAUGACGACAUUCUCGAUUCCUCGUCGGUGGUGGAAGACUCCUUUUUUGAUAAGCUUGCGAGCGAGGAUGCUGCGCCUGCCGCGCGUACGGACGCGUACGCGCCGACCGGCACGUUUACUGUUGACGCGGAGUCGCCAUUGGUUCGUGCGCUUCUUGCGGGAAAGCUUGAAGACGCCAGUAACAUCUGUCUCAAGGAGGACCGUUUGGUGGAGGCGUUGAUGCUUGCAUUGAACGGUACCGAAGCCAUGAAGGCCAAGGCCAGAAAUGCGUACUUUGCCAAGCACGGUGCCCAGCCGGUAGCACGUGUGCUCUUCUCUGCCGCGCAAAAUGACGCGCAUGACUUGGUCGCGAACGCUGAGGUUGCCAACUGGCGUGAAACUGCUGCCGCCAUCAAGACCUACGCCACCAGCGAUGCCAUCUUCAACGCGCAGAUCACUCAGCUAGGCGACCGCAUUCUUGUCUCCGGUGAAACCUCAGAGACCCGCGCACACGCCAUCGCGUGCUACGUCGCUGGGGGUGCCUUGGACAAGCUUUCGCAGAUCUGGCUCGCCGAGUUGCCAGCACUCGAACACAAGAUUUUGGAGUCGGGGACGUCGACAUCUCCAUCUGAGGCUCAUUUGACCGCCUUGGGCGACUUUGUCGAGAAGGUUUCGGUCUACAGAGCCGCGUUCCGGAUCACAGGCGAGCUCGAAGGCAAGGCCACGGCUGACGCCUACCUCCAGUACGCAACGAUCCUUGCGGGGUUCGGCAAUUUCGACCUUGCUGACAAGUUCUUGCAGUUGUUGCCGGGCGACAUUGCGGGCUUGAAGCUCGAGAAGGAACGGAUCACCAAGGCGAGCAGCAAGCCAGCGGCCAAACAGCAGGCAAGAACUGGGCAUAGACAGCCACAGUUUGGGUACGCCCCGGUAACUUCUGCACCAGUCUCGCCGGUGCGUCAACAGCAGGGGCUUUAUGCGCCGGUGGGUGCGCCAGUGCCUGCGGCGAGAGUGUCGGUUCCGGUCUCAGCCUCUCCUGCGGCCAGAGUAUCAGUAGCGCCCCCUUCUGCGAGACCUAACCCGUAUGCCCCGACCGCUUUAGGCAGCAUCCAGGCCGGACCAGCUUCGUCCCCACCUGCGCCGUCGAUCGCUGGCCCUCCACCAGUGACUUCGUCGCAGAACCCAACCAAGGACAACGGUGGCUGGAACGACCUUCCAACCACUUUUAACAAGCACACGGUGCGCCGUGCCGCGCCAGCGGCUGUUGCCUCGUCGCAGCCAGUACAACAGCCGUUGACCCCGCACUCCAGGGUUUCCUCUUUCACCCAGCAAGCGCCGCUUCCGCCUCCGCGUGCUCCGACGAUCAAGAGCCCGCAGCCGGUGGAGCCAACUCCGGCCCCGCCAAAGCCUACGAACAGAUACGCACCACCUCCGCAGCUUGCUCCAACGAAGCCAGCGAGUGUGUCGGCCCCGCCAAUGCCAACGCCACCGGCCGCGAACCCGUACGCCCCGCCUACUCAGUCGGCUCCGACAUCGCGUUCUCAGCCGCAAACUCCAGGCUAUGGUCCUCCUCCAAUCCAGGCCUUUACCGCCAAGCCUAACCCAUACGCGCAACCGCAGUCGCAGGGCUCUGCCUACGCGCCAGCCCCGCCUCAGAACGGUUUCGCUCAGGCUAACGGCUUUGCUCCACCUUCGCAAAACUUCCAGUUAGCCCCACCCCCUAAAAUGACUCUGGCGCCUGUUGCUCCUCCUCCGAUUGCCUCGCCUCCUGUCUCUACCCCCCCAGUGACUGCUGCCAAGCAUGCUUCGGGCAACAGAGAACACCUUUCGGACACUGCCAGACCUGUCUUUGCCACCUUGUCUGCCAAAUUCGCAGAGGUGAAGCCGCUCAUGCCAGAGUCCCGCGCCAAGCAGGUGAACGACACUGAAAAGAGACUCAACAUCUUGUACGAUCACUUGAACAACGGCGAGUUGUCCGAUGCUGUCGUUGGGCGUCUCGGUGCCUUGGCCACUGCGCUCGAGGCGAAGAACCUUGACGGGGCCCAAGCGUUGUACGGUGAGAUUUCCACCGCGUUCAGCGCCGACUGUGGGGAUUGGGCCGUCGGUGUGAAGCGUUUGAUCGGGAUGGUUUCCGCCGUUGCUCUCCUCGCUUGGCUCGACAAAAUUCCCGAUCAAAUUCUCAUCCUCUCCAUCGGCAACCCUGGAGCCAUCUCUCGUCAUAGCAUCGGCCACUAUGUGUUGAACCAACUCCAUCUGCAGUACGGACUUUCGCAGCUAACCAAGUCGCUGGCCCUUGCACUCUCGUCGGCCACAUCAGAGAGACUUACCCUAUGCAAAAGUGAAACCUAUAUGAACGAGUCGGGAACCGCUCUCCGGAAUGCUCUUCAGCACCCGGCUGCCUUGGGUGGCAAGAACCCAUUGGUGAUUGUGUUGUACGACGACUUUGAAAUUAACAGCGGUAAGAUCAAGUUCACAAAAUCCAAGAGCAAUAAGAAAGAAUCGCACAACGGAUUGAAGGAUCUCAACAAGCGUCUUCUUGGGUACGACAAGGAGUACCAGUACUUGAAGAUCGGCGUGGGGAUCGGCCCCAAGCCUGCGAACUCCACCUCCAACACAAUGUCCAAGUGGAUCUUAUCCACAGAAAUCUCCCUCUCCGACAAGCAAAAGAUCCUCACCGAAGCACUACCGCUAAUCGUGGAGAUUAUCGAUGAUAUUAUAGAGAAAAUGGAGGAGUUUGAAAAGAAAGAGACUCGUUUGUUGAACAUCGACGAUAUCAAUCCUGAUAAGAUGCGGAGUCGGUUGGUCAAGAGGAUGCCUCGUGAAGGAACCCGUGAAAACACUCCCAGUUCGGUGUUGUAUCAAUAG